AUGUUGACUACCCUGGAUUUUUCACCUGGAGGCACCAAUGUAGGAUCCGGUAUCAGUCUCUCCAACCCUCUAGAGCGGAAAUCAUCUUCAUCCCACCACUCUAUCUCGACCGGCAUGGCCGCAGCAAUAAACUCAUUGACCUUAUCCUGGAUGGAUGGCUUCCAUUUUCCCUCAAUAAGACCCCGGAACUCACAAGCUGCCGAGUCUGGGAAGUGUGAUGCCUUCAGCUCUUCGAAUCCGUCCACAUCCUUUUCCACAAGAUGCUUAACUGCAGCACCCAAAACAUGGCCGGCAGUGUGCAGCCGUGAGAAGAGAAAACGCUUUUCCACAUCAAUUUCCUGCUGCACCGUCUCACCAGGUGCAAAGGUGGAUGGACCGAAACGUCCAAAGUGCAGGACCUGGCCGUCUUGA